ACUACAGUCUCUCACCAUUCGCUAUCCCAAGAUGCGUUCUUCCAUUUCUCUAUCGCUAGCUACCAUAGUGGCUUGCCUGGCACUACCAACGUUCGCACGCGUUUGCACGCCGACCGGAAACGAAGCAGUGCAAGCUAACGGAAGGCCAACGUUUACUGGCCAGUUCCCGCACCAUGCACUGCUCGUGGUACAGUUCGGUGAUCAUCAGGAAACACGGCACUGCAGUGGCGCUCUCGUGGACGAUCGGCACGUCCUAACCGUGGCCCAGUGUGUCGAGGGAAGCACCGAGAUUGAGGUCCAUCUCGGCGCGCACUGUCUGCUGCAGGGAGACGACAAAUUCCGGUACGUUUUCACGGCCCUUCAGUACACCGUCCGCGACGGUUACGAUCCGGAAACGUUCGUCAACGAUGUGGCCUUGGUACGGUUCAGCGAGGAAUCGGUCCGUCUGCCACCGUGGGUGUAUCCGGCGCGGCUUCCCGAACCGGACGAACAGCAUUCGGUUGGCCAGGAGGUGCUCUCGAGUGGAUUCGGUUUGCUCAACUAUCAAACGAGCUCGGCAGCCGAUGCCCUCCAGUACGUGCGGUUGGUCGUGCUCGAUGCGGAAACUUGCCAGCAGGAGUUUAACUUUGUCACACCGAACACCGGACGGUUCUGUGCUCAGGACCGUGAUCAAGAACCGAACUGUGUUAGCGAUGUCGGUAGUCCGCUCGUACUGAAGGAGGGCCGUCUGCAGCAUUACGUGUUGCUUGGUUUGUCCAGCUUUGGACAGAAGUUUGCCUGCAAUCACGGUAACCCGGGUGCACUACAGGAAGUGCGUGAACAUACGGCCUGGAUCCGGGAAGUGCUCUCGAGCUCCUCUGCCGUUUAACACGUGCGCGUGAAUAGCGUAAAUAAAAGGAAAAAAACAAUUGCCAAUAUAAUAUCAUCAAACAAAGCAUUUAUAGCACCUCGGGUCGUCGAACACUAAAGGGGAGCGUGUGAGCUGUUGGCCGGUUUGAAAUCAAAUACCGAACCAGUAAACAAACACACGAUCACUGUUUGGGCGAUUUUGGAACGGCGUGGCGUAGCAUUAUGCAAUCUCCAUGCGUCCAUAAAUAAACACAGCACGAUCCCACUCAUCAGAA